UGAUGCUUCAUGACGCUUCAUGACGCUUCAAUUACCCAUUGGCAUUUACUGGCGUUCCACAAGUGUCCGGCAUUAUUGCUUCAAUUCUACUCCAGAGUAAAAAUGCGACGAAGGGACGACAAAUCAAGAGACUCUAGGUCUUCCUUGGAUCACGUACCCGAGGACAGAUUGAGGGAGUUGGAGAGGAGGAGGAAAGAGUGGAGAAUCGAGCAGGAGAAACAACGAGAGCACGAGAGACGCAAAAUGAAGAUGAUUGAAGAGUACGAGGCGAGAAGAGCAAGAGAACUCGAAGCGAAGAAACAACGUAGAAGAUCAAAGUCAAGGUCAAGAUCAGGAUCACCGAGUACCAGCAGACGUCGAAGAAGUAGAUCUCGUGAGACAAGUAGAAGUCGUUUAACUAGCAGCAGAGUUCCUGUUAUGUCUGAGAAGUGUGAUUCAUCGUCAACGUCUAAUGCUCCACUGUUUAAGGGCCGGGAGGGAAGUAAAAUUAGUGUUAGUGAGCUUAAAACAAUUAAAGUUAAUAUUCACCGGAAUAUUCCAAACGCUGAAGAGACCACUGAGUUGUUGAGGGAUAUUACUAAUCCUGACGAAAUCGCCCUCAAAAGAAGAGAAGGGGAAGGAUCAAAGCCCAUUUUUGAGCGUGAAGAGAUAAUAGCAAACGAAAUAUGCACCCAUGAUAUUCCAGAGCGACGAACAAUUGUCAUGGACGAAAGUCAUACUGAUGAAAGAAGAAAAUCAAAACAGCGAUCCAGAUCUCAGAGUUCAGAGAGAUCCAAACACCGAAGUCCAUCACGAUUAUCGAGAAAUCUUAGCUACAGUUCGAAUUACAAAAAUCGUAAUAUUCUUAACAAUUUUUCCCCCAGUGCAAAAGCGCUGAGUUUUUUCAAUGAAUUUUUCUCAGGAUUAAUUCACAAUUGCAUCUCUGAGAAAAAUCAGAAACAACUCAGGGCUGAUCUAGAGGGUAAAUGUGGCAUCAGUUUUCCUGUCAAGAAUUCUCCUCGACAAUCAUCCUGGUAUACCCAUGUAUUUAUUAUAAUUUCUAUGGUUAUUAAUUUAUUUCUUUUACCAGGAGAAGGAUCGAAGCCGAUAUUCGAUCGUGAAGAAUUAGCGAAAGAAACCAGCAGAGCUGAGGUCCCUGAACGACGAACAGUAGUUGCUGUGGAUAAAGUCAGAAACGAGAGAAAGAGGUCAUCAGACCGACGUUCCAAGUCCUUCAGCCCCAGGAGGUGUGAUGGAGUGUCAAAGUCGUACACAGAACGUCAUCGAAGGACAUCGUCGCAUAAUAGAGAUAGUUCUUAUCAUGAAGAACGAAAUCGUCGGGGCUCUCGUAGAUCAAGUGAAGAGAGAGGACGGGACUCGAGGUCACGACGUACCCCAGAACGAGAACGAAAUUGUGAUUCCCACCGGGAGUCUGGGUACAGGGAUUAUUACGAGGUACACCGCAGAAGUGAACCGGACAGAGGAACAGCUUUACCCUACUCCGAGGGCAUUCCAUUCCCCAUGUACUACGAUAAUUAUGAUGUCAGGCCAAUGAUGAUGAACCCUAUGAUGAUGAUGAGGUAUCCUUUGCCACCGGUGAGGGGGAGAUUACCUGGGAUGAUGCCGAGAUUCAGACCUCCUUACACUCCUCGAUUCAUCCCUCAAACUAUGUUCAGAAUGAAUGCUCCUUCACAUCAGAGAUAUAACCGCAUGUUCUAGUGGAGCCGAGUCCAUCGAUUUUAUCAAUUGCUUUAAUUGUUCAGAAUUUAUAAAUUAAUGUAUAAAAUUUAUAUUAAUAAAUCAUGA